AAGAGAAAAAGCGAAAGUGGAGAAAAUUUGGACAAAGCAUCGAGAAAUCCGUUUUCGAGGGUUUUCUUCUUCAAUUUGAACAUUUGAUUUGAUUGAUGCUUUAGCAAAAUUAAUCGAAGCAAUUUGCUUGCUAUAUUAUCAUCCACCACCACCAACAACUCCAUUUCGUCAAUCCGAAACCCUAAUCUAUCGCCGUGCGUAAUCCUCACUUUCCCACCCUACAUCGUCUGCUUAUUGGAGCUGCUUUGAUUCGCAAUCCAACUGAGGAUGAGUGCUCCGAAGAGGAAGAAUUUCAAGAUAGAAGCCUUUAAACAUCGGGUGGUGGUUGAUCCCAAAUAUGCAGAGAAAACCUGGAAGAUAUUGGAGCAUGCCAUUAACGAAAUUUACAAUCACAACGCCAGUGGUCUUAGUUUCGAGGAGCUUUACAGGAAUGCUUAUAAUAUGAUUCUUCACAAAUUUGGAGAGAAACUAUACUCUGGGCUUGUGACCACGAUGACGUCACAUCUGAAUGAAAUAGCGAAAUCAAUCGAGGUUGCUCAGGGUGAUGUAUUUCUAGAGGAGCUAAACAGGAAAUGGGCUGACCAAAACAAGGCAUUACAGAUGAUCAGAGACAUACUCAUGUACAUGGACAGAACUUUCAUCCCCAGUACUCAUAAAACCCCUGUUUAUGAGUUGGGUUUGAACUUAUGGAGGAUAAAUGUCAUCCAUUCACCCAACAUCCAGCCUAGGCUACAGGGCACUCUUCUCGAACUAGUGCAGAGAGAAAGAACAGGGGAAGUCAUAGAAAGGGGUUUAUUACGCAACAUAAUAAAGAUGUUACUCGAUUUGGGCUCAACUGUUUACCAGGAAGAUUUUGAGAAAACAUUUCUCGCAGACUCGGCUUCGUUUUAUUGGGUUGAGUCUCAAAAGUAUAUUGAGUGCUGUGAUUGUGGAGAUUUUCUUAAGAAAGCUGAGACACGAUUAAACGAAGAGAUCGAAAGAGUCUCCCAUUAUCUUGAUUCGAAAACCGAAGCCAAGAUUUGCAAUGUUGUCGAGAAGGAAAUGAUUGAGAAUCAGAUGAACAGGCUUGUACACAUGGAGAACUCUGGGUUGGUUAACAUGAUCGUCAACGAUAAAUACGACGAUCUCAAACGAAUGUAUUGUUUGUUCAAAAGGGUGUCGAAUGGGCUUCCAUUUAUAAGAGAUGUAAUGACGUCUCACAUUAGAGAAACGGGUAAGCAACUCGUUACCGAUCCAGAAAAGUUAAAGGAUCCAGUUGAUUUUGUUCAAAGGCUACUCGACGCUAAAGAUAAACACGAUAACAUCAUCCACUUAGCGUUCAACAAUGACAAGACGUUCCAAAACGCUCUAAAUUCGUCGUUCGAGUAUUUUGUUAAUCUAAACCCACGCUCCCCCGAGUUCAUAUCGUUGUUCGUCGACGAUAAGCUUCGGAAAGGUCUUAAAGGCGUAAGCGAGGAUGAAAUUGAGACAAUCCUCGACAAAGUGAUGAUGCUUUUCCGUUACCUCCAGGAAAAAGACGUAUUCGAAAAGUACUACAAGCAACAUUUAGCUAAACGACUUCUCUCUGGUAAAACCUUUUCCGACGAUGCUGAAAGAAGCUUAAUCGUCAAGCUUAAAACGGAAUGCGGUUACCAAUUCACCUCGAAACUAGAAGGUAUGUUCACCGAUAUGAAAACCUCUCAAGAUACAAUGCAAAGCUUCCACGAUAUCAUUGGUGGGGAACUUUCGGAUUACCCAUCGCUAACAGUUCAAGUCCUCACAACCGGAUCAUGGCCCACACAAACAACCGUCACAUGCAAUCUCCCAUCCGAAAUCCUAGGAAUAUGUGAAAAGUUUCGUACAUUUUACCUGGGGACCCACACGGGCAGAAGAUUGACAUGGCAAACGAACAUGGGCACGGCCGAUCUAAAACUAACAUUCGGUAAAGACAAGAAACACGAACUAAACGUGUCGACUUACCAAAUGUGCAUCCUAAUGCUAUUCAACAACGCUGAUCGGUUAACCUAUAAAGAAAUCGAGCAGGCGACAGAAAUACCCGCCCCCGAUCUAAAACGUUCUCUACAGUCGUUAGCGUGCGUGAAGGGGAAGAACGUGCUGAGGAAGGAGCCGAUGAGUAAGGAAGUGGGUGAAGAAGAUUCGUUUCUUUUUAACGAUAAGUUUACGAGUAAACUAUAUAAGGUGAAGAUUGGAACAGUGGUUGCUCAGAAGGAAUCUGAACCGGAGAAACAGGAGACUCGGCAGAGAGUGGAGGAAGAUAGGAAACCGCAGAUCGAAGCUGCGAUCGUGAGGAUUAUGAAGUCGAGAAGGGUGCUUGAUCAUAAUAAUAUUAUUGCCGAGGUCACGAAACAGCUGCAGUCGCGUUUCUUGCCGAAUCCUGUGGUGAUUAAGAAAAGGAUCGAGAGUUUGAUUGAGAGGGAGUUUCUUGAAAGGGAUAAGGUUGAUCGGAAGCUGUAUCGAUACCUCGCAUGAAAUGGAGGGGUGGUUUUCCGAAAUUGGAUCUUGAAUUUGAUGUUUGAAAUGUUAUAGACUCUCAUGGUUUUCUUCUUUAAUGUUUUGUUUGUUUUUGAUUAUGUAGGUACAUACUUUGAUUUUAUACUAUUUUGAAUGAAUGAACAUUUAUUUUGGUAA